AUGCGGCGUGGCUUUCGCUUCUCAGCCUUCCGCCUUGGGCGCCGCGUCGCCCCGCGCGGCGCCUGGGCGCCGCUGGGCCUGGCUUCGGCGGUCGCCGGGGCCACGUGGGAGAGGCGUUGCCGCUGCGACGAUGAGAAGUGGUGGACGGACCCGGCGCAGUGCUCCGAUGCCUGUGCCUUGUGGCAGCGCACGUGGAAUGGCGACUGGGAUGGCCGGGGACCACCGCCAGGGGAGAAGAUGAAAGCGACAGGGAAGAUCCGACACCUGAUUCUCGUCCGACACGGGCAAUAUGACCUGGAGGGCGAGGAGCGCGGUUUAACGGACCUGGGUCGGAGGCAGUCGGAGAAGCUGGCGCAGCGCUUGAGCGCUGAGCGGCAGCUGACAAAGAAGGACCGCUAUGGUGAGGUUCGCAUUCAAUAUGCUGGCAUUUGGGUCAGCAAUGUGACCCGAGCUAUCCAAACGGCACAGACGCUGAUUUGCAAGAAGACCAUGACACAUGAUGACGAAUGGCAAUUGGCUUUCUCACUUUUGCCUGUGGCUGAAGAUCUCUGGCGGUGGUUGGUGAUGAUCCUGGCCGCACACCUGCCGGACGUGCCGUUGAUGGAGCCGGAUGUGCUGCUCAGCGAGGGCAAGCCCACGCAGCCGCAUCCCAGCUCCUCAGCCUCUCGCUUGGCGGAUUUGUGGGAGGAUUCUGCACGGAUGGAAGCGGGCUUUCGCAAGUAUGUACAUCGUGAGGUUGAUCACAAGCGACUGGCCGAGAAGGAAAAGAAAAAGAAAAAAGAGCAAGAGAGCAAGUUAGGUGAUGGAUAUGUGCCGGAGGCCACCCCUGAGGCACAUCGGGAGGAGAAGGAGACGCCCAAGGAAGUGAAGGAACCGAAGGAACCGGAGCACGUCUAUGAGAUCUACGUUUGCCACAUGAACUUGAUCAGGUACUUCGUGAUGCGCGCCUUGCAGCUGCCGCCCGAAGCGUGGCUGCGGCUGCGGGGCGACAACACCAACAUCACGGAGCGAGUGAGCUUGCACCGCUUUGGUGACAUCGGCCACUUGCCGCUGGACAUGGUGACAUUCCAUUAG